UGCCUCGCCCCUCUGAAGUCUGGUUCUCAGGCUUCGCCAUUAAUGGCUUUUGGCCUGCCUCCCACCACUCAAGCCUUAGAAAGUGGUUGGAAGCCCAACCUCCUCGGACUCUGGAGCAGACCUGGGAGCCCCGGCCUCGGGGUUUCUGGAGUGGCUUCCGGACGCCUAGCCUCGGCCUGUGAUUCUGAGAGGUAUCGAGAACCUUCCUUGUGAACUUCAGAGGAAUUUCCAGCUGAUGCGAGAACUGGACCAGAGGACAGAAGAUAAGAAAGCGGAGAUCGACCUCCUGGCUGCAGAGUACAUCUCCACGGUGAAGACCCUGUCUGCGGAGCAGCGGGUGCAGCACCUGCAGAAGAUCCAGAGCGCCUACAGCAAGUGCAAGGAGUACAGCGAUGACAAGGUGCAGCUGGCCAUGCAGACCUACGAGAUGGUGGACAAACAUAUUCGGAGGCUCGACGCAGACCUGGCACGCUUCGAAGCAGACCUGAAGGACAAGCUGGAGGGCAGCGACUUCGAGAGCUCUGGAGGACGAGGCUUAAAAAAAGGUCGAAGCCAGAAAGAGAAGAGAGGCUCCCGGGGCCGAGGCAGGAGGGCCUCAGAGGAAGACACUCCAAAGAAAAAGAAGCAUAAAGGAGGGUCCGAGUUCACCGACACCAUCCUGUCCGUGCAUCCCUCCGACGUGCUGGACAUGCCUGUGGACCCCAACGAGCCUACCUACUGCCUCUGCCACCAGGUGUCCUACGGGGAGAUGAUUGGCUGUGACAAUCCGGACUGUCCGAUCGAGUGGUUCCACUUCGCCUGUGUGGACCUGACCACGAAGCCCAAAGGAAAAUGGUUCUGUCCACGCUGUGUCCAGGAAAGGAGGAAGAAGAAGUAAGGCAGAGGCUGAUGCCGGGGUCAGAAAGCAAGUUGAUACACUCCGUCAUUUGCGUGGCAAUAUUUUAUCUUCAUCUUGAAACUACCUUGAUUCGAACAAUAUUUAAUAACAAUGGCCAGUUGUAAUUCUGGAUAUUUCCUAGAACCAACAAGAACCCCCGUGAGCCCUAUUUGCACAGAGAGGGGUCUUAUGGGGACUUGCCACAUGACUUUGUUCUCAUGACUUUCUGUACAGAUCCCAACACUGAGCACUACGGUCCCGCUGGGAGCCCGAGUGACUCCAUGGGUGUGUGUGUGCGGUGUGCUGGGCCCCUCGGGACAUGCCAGCGGGGAACAGACACUGCCAUCACUGUGCCGCUGGAGCUGUGAGCCCGGUGUGGUCCACGGUAUCUGAAGCAGCCCUGAGAGCCCGUCCCGUGCACCCCUCUGUGCCGAGUGAGCAGUGUGCAGUCUGGGGGGCGUUGGCCGGAAGGCGCCCUCCUGACCGGUGUGGCGGAGCUGGCAGCCACUCUGCUGGGCUGUGCACUGCCUCUUCCUCGGGACUGCCGGUUCCUCCUGAGGCCUUACUGUCUGGAGUAAAUGCUCCGGGUUGGCAGACGGGCCGUCGGUCACCACGACCAGUGCAAUGAGGGACAGCAUCACAGACUGGCUGGUGUUCUGUGUCUCUGGGAAUUCCGAAUGUUUUUACUGUGAAGACGAAGUCAUUAUAGCCGCAUGAAGACAGUGGGUUUGUGUGUGCAGUGAGUCCAGUCUACUAAGAGCCGACUUUGAACCUGUUUGUGUUGCACCCUGGGUCGGCAGCUUGUCCCAGGGACUAUAAUUAUGUGAUGUGAUUUGUGAAUUUCUUGUGCCACAAUAGCAGUUCCGGAAUGAAGUUAGGAAAUUAGUGUGUACUUUCCGUUCAGUCAGCAUUCACCAAACCGAUUUUGAACCACCUCUCUUGUACUGUUUGGGGGUAUGACGUACCUUUGCUGUGUCAAGAGCCACGUGUGACGGGUACCUAGGGCGUGGCUUCUGGGAGUGUCCCUGAACUCUCCGGGAUCUAACCGAUGUAAUUCAGGCCAGUAAGGGUCCUCUUGCCAGAAAAAAACCCAGGAGGUAGAAUCGAGGUGAAAUGCCCAGCGACAGAAGAACGCACCCUCCUUGUCGGGAGGGUCCUGGAGUGGCUGCUCCCUCCCCAUGGCCUCCGUCACCGUCUUCUCUCAGCUUCCAGUGUUUCACCCAGGAGAGGGCGUGGGGCACAGGAACUGGCGAGACUGCGCUCUAGACCAGCCGCUCCCCGCAAAUGAGCCAACAUUUGGCCAACGGGAGCGGAUGUCAGAGGGCAGCUGGGGCCCAGCUGGAAUCUGCAGUCUGCGGUGGUCUUAGCCUGCACGGGAUGUGUCCGAGCUGCUGUGCUUUCUGGAGUGACCUUAGGGGGCAGGACUUGCUUUCCAAGGACUGCAGGUGGGUCACCUCAGCCCACGUGACCCUGCCAGCCUCGAGCUGGUGGUUAGGGGAAGGGUCCGCAGCCGCCUGACAAGCACUCUCAGAUCUUAAGCCUUCAUGCUCUGAGGGAGGAGGUGGGCACAGGCACGUGAGGCCCACCUGUGUUCAGUACCUGAGCUUCCUGUGACGGGCAUUUAAAGGUGGUGGGGGAUCAGUGGGGGCGUUGUUUCUUCACUCCUUUAGCAGCUUCUGUGCACAGGAUAGGUAAGUACGGUAAACCUGUGAUGAUGUUUUAGCAGCUAAUUGAGUAUUUGCACUUCAUCUCUGAACACGCCUGCUGUUGCCAUGGGAACACAGUGUGGAUGCAGGUUGAUGGCCAGCUAGUUCUGAUUUUCACCUGGAUUCCUGAGGCCACGCUCGUUUCCCAGGAAAAUUGGCCCACCUCUGUCUUUAAAGUUCAGUGUUGUCAUCCUGCUCGUCACUGUGUAGCAUCCCAUGUGUCAACCUUUUGUAAGUUUCUGUGCUUAUCUAGUGUAUACUUUUGCCAGUUGCAGUAAUGUCACCAAGAUAAUAUGCAGACAGCUUUGACAAAAAUGGAAAACAUGAGCAUGAUAGGAAUGUGCCCUGGGAGGUUGUUUGGAUGAUGACUGACUGCUGUUCCCGACUGUUAAUACCACCUGAGUCGGAAAGACGCCAGAGUGGCCAUCUGGUUGGGAAAGAAUGUCUGGCCAGAGCCCCUUCAGUGCCUGCCGGGCCCACAUUGGCUCCUGGGCACAGCUGUGGAGCCAACCCCAUCCCCCGGGUUGCAGGAUCUGGGCUGGGCCCUCUGAGUGAGGGUGCGGCCUCCAUGGCUGGGAGUUUACUGGUGAGGGAAGCAGUAUCUUGUUCAGAGAAGCAGAACUAUUUUCCUUGUUCUCAGCCCACAAUUUGAGAAACCUCCUCAUUCUCCAACAGGAUGCACCUGCACUAACAAACGUGCUGUCAGGCUGAGCCCCUGCAGCUCUGGCUGGGCUGAGGCUGGGCCGGCGAGGCCCCUGGGCAGGUGGAUGAGACCAGGACCGGUCAGGGCCCUGGGAGCCAGGGGGUAAGGUGUGCUGGGACUCAUGGGGACAACAGCCAGCCGUGUGUUGGUGCUGUUCCUGAUGGCCACACUGCACUGUCUCCUGUCCCGUCCCUGGCAGCCCUUGGCAGGGGCUGCUUCAAGCAAUAACGCUGUCCACGUGCCACAGCCAGGGCCUGCCUGUUGCCAGAUUUGGGGGCUUCUCAUGGGCGUUGCAGAGUUAAAGUGCCCUCAGUGUCGAGUGAACAGCAGUUGGCUGUCACUGCUGUGCUGAGAGGUGUUGGAAAGGGCACAUCCGGGAAAUUCUCUCGUUCAGGAGACAGUUCUGUGAAGUUUCUCUCUUCCUCUGUGUGUGUGUUGUGGUGCUCACCUUUACCACAGUUCAUCCAAAAGAUGAUGCAGCUUUAACACGAAUGUUACAUUUUAUUUCCAAGGAAUUAUUAUCUAUGUUUCCUUUGUAAAGGAAAGGUAAUAUUGUAAAUCUUUUUAUUAAAUAAUGUAAAGAUGUAUAUCUGUAUUUUUGGAUCAUGUUAUAGAU